UCGGGUUUGACAGGUUUCCAGUUAAGUUUUUUGAUACCACACAGCUUCAAUAAACAUUCACAAAGUGUCCUAACCUGAAGUGACAUCGUGACAUGUGGACAUCGUGAAAAUGAGACAGCUGGAACAAGGACAAGCUAAAUACUGACCGCUUUCUUUGCUCUGGAGUGCUGACAACUUCACUAGCAAUACUUUUAGCAAUGCCAAACAACAACAGCGUUACAUAGUUAUUGCAAGCCAGGAUAUUGCCGCACUCCAGCUAGUUAUACCUAGCUACGUUACCAAGUUAACAUCAACUUGGUUGUUACCUGAGCUGCCUGGAGAAACUUGCCCCAGGAAGGAUGAGUGUAGUCCGACACCUGAGGACCUUAAGGUUGGACUGGGCGGCUGUGUCAUAUGCCAUGACCACACUGGGAGCCAGCAUGAUAAACAACAUAUUCAGCUUCUACUAUGUCAAACUAUUUCUCAAUAAGUACAAGAUAUCAGAGGGAGCAUUCCACCAAUCACAGGUGGUGUACAUGGUGUGGAAUGCAGUCAAUGACCCUCUCUUUGGCUACCUGCAAGAUAACUCCAAGGUGCCCUGUUGCUCUCAGCGACGUCUCUCCAUCCUGUAUGGCGCUCCCUUCUACUCACUGGCGUUUCUUCUAGCUUGGUUCCCAUGGCGGACGUACGCCCCCGGCGACUGGCUGAGUGGCUUACACUUGGCUGUGACGCUUUGUGCUUUUGACGGCAUGCUGACUUUUGUGCUGCUGGCACAAUGUUCGAUGUUUGCAGAGAUUUCUGGCCAACAUCAGAGCCGACUAAGGCUUAUAAAGUACAACCAGGUGGCUUCUCUCAUUGGCUCCUCCAGCGUCCUCUUCUGUGGCGUCCUGUCCAAAAACAUGGAGGACUUGGCGUCUUUCCAAGCCUUCACAGUGCUGAUUGCCGUCCUGAGCUGUGGCUGCAUGCUCUACACAGGCUUCCACAGUGAGAGCCGCUUUGAUAGCAAAGUGUCUGAAUCGGAGGCGAAGGAGUCUUCUGAUCAGACCUCCCAUCAGUCAGCAUUUUCCUUCUCCACGUUAAAAACUUUGAUUUGGCAAAUUCUCAGCAACAGGGACUUCCAGCUGUUCGUGUGCAUGAACUUCUUCCAGGUUUUCAUGUUACACUUCUUUAAUAAUUUUACAAUGAUAUUUGCUGAGCACCUGAUUCCUCCAGAUGUGCUUCCGUCGCUUGCCAAGAGUAUCAUGUAUGGAGCGGGAUUCAUCUGUCCACAGCUGUUAGUGUUGAGCUGUCAGAGACUACUCCAUGAUCUUGGCUACUACAGGAUCAUACUUUACACUUUCUACAUAGAGGCUGGAAUGGCGGCUGUCAUGCUCGCACUCGGUCCUCAGCACCACUAUGUCCUGGCAUUUUUCCUCACCGUUAACAUGGUCCUAACCCAAGCUACCUUCAGUCUUUUUAGCUUGCCUGUGGCUGACAUCAUUGACACAGACCUGCAGAAGUACAAGCGCAGUUCCCCUCUCUCCUCAAUGGUCUUUGGGACAAAUGCUCUGUUCACUAAGCCGGCUCAGUCUCUGGCCCCCAUGAUAGUAGUUAAUAUCCUCAACCAGUUUGGAUAUGAACAGCUGAAGGAAGUGGGGAAGUAUUCAGAUCCAAGUGCCUUGGAGAGCCUCCACAGUGUCAUGUUCUACUUGGUGUGCCUGGUGCCCCUGUGUGUCGCUGGUCUGAAAGCCCUCGCUUGGAGGCCUUUUUCCAUACGCAACAGUCACACAGUGGACACGAAGUACAUUGACGGCUAACUGUAGUAUUUCCAGCAGUCGAAGGAAACUGGUUCUUCAGAUGGGAUUUGGGGAACUUCUUUUUUUGCAAAGUGUGAGAUUAUGUUGAAAAUAAUGAGUACAUUUUUGUAUGUUUGAAGGAAAUAAUAAUCUGUGUAAAGAGUACAGAAUCUGUCCUGUCAGACACUUCCUGGAUAACUGGACCUGACAUAGCAGGGAUCAUGCUGUCUUACAUUCCUUGAAAUCCUCUUCUUAAACAAAAUCCCAGCGUGUGUUACAUGUCAGACACUUUGUCCAGUCACUAACCUCAGCAGCUAAUUAGCAGGAACAUCCUGUGUGACGGCUGUCCUCAGAGGGCGUGUGGAAAAUCGUUCGAAGUUGCUCUUGUUUAAACAUCAAAGCUGAAUGUAAAUUAGAGAGCUGACACAGAAGUUGUCGUGCUGCAUCCUGAAACAGUCAAGCGAAACAGAGGUGAUACAUCCUGGCAGUGGGAAUUAACAGUAGGUGUCUUUUAUUAAUUAUAACAGUAACAUCCAAUUAAAGAAAUAGCUGUGGCAGCUAAAGGGCAGAGCUCUUGAACCAAAACAGAAGCUGAACUUAAUUAAAUGACUGUCACUAUCACACCAUAUGGUGUCAGUAAGCUAGGUACAAGAUGUAGAAUAUUACUUGGACUUUUUAAUCAACGUUUGUAGCAAUAUGUACAGUGCCCUCCAAAAGUAUUGGAACAGUGAGGCCAAUUCCUUUAUUU